AUGGGUGCGCAGUCGAAGCAGCGGCGAACGCUGGGCUACCGCCUGGCCAACAGCGUGGUGCACUCGUUCACCAAGCUGAUCCGUCUGAUUGAUGGAAGCGGAAGGAAACUUUACGGCUGGGACCCGUACCUAAUGGGCCACUGGGAGCCGGUGCACACCGAGGUGCAUGCCCAGGACCUGGAGGUGGUGGAAGGGGAGCUCCCUGCGGACCUGGCCGGGGCGUUUGUGCGGACGGGGCCCAACCCGAAGCUGACGCCCGAGGGCGGCUACCACCUGUUCGACGGAGACGGCAUGAUCCACGCCGUCAGGAUUGGCGGCGGCAAGGCCGCGUACUGCAACCGCUGGGUGCAGACCGCGCGGCUGGCGCAGGAGGAGAAGGCGGGCUGGCCCGUGGCGGUGAAGAUCGGCGACUACCGCGGCCUCGUCUCUCUGGCCUACAUGCUGGCAAGCAAGCUGGCCAGGGUGCUUGGUGUGCUGUCCAGCAAGGAGGGGCUGGGCACCGCCAACACGGCGCUGGCCUACCAUGCGGGGCGGGUGCUGGCGCUGCACGAGGGCGACCUGCCGUACGGCCUGAGGAUUGCGUGCAAUGGCCUGGUGGAGACUGUGGAGCGUGCCACUUACGACGGCAAGAUCACCCACCCCUUCACAGCGCACCCCAAGGUGGAUGCACAGACGGGGGAGCUCUUCUACUUUGGGUACAGCAUCGAGCAGAAGCCGCACUGCUGGUACGGUUGGCUGGAUGCGUCGGGCCGCGUGGUGCGCGACUUUCCAGUGCCGCUGGGGGAGCCCAUCAUGAUGCACGACAUGGCCCUCACCCAGAACCACGUGCUGCUGCUCGACGUGCCGCUGGUGUUCGACCCCAAGGUGAUGGUGCAGAAGGGCCAGCUGCCGUUUGAGUUCAAGGACCGCCCCGCCCGCAUCGGCGUGCUGCCGCGCUACGCCAAGUCUGCGGAUGAGAUCCGCUGGUUCUCCACGGAGCGGUUCAUGUGCUUCCACACUGCGGCGGCCUGGGAGGAGGGCUCCACGAUCCGCCUCUACCUCUGCACCAUGAAGUCGUUCAGCCUGGACAACUUCACUGCCAGCGAGGAUGCCGAGCCGCACCUGUCAGAGGUGGUACUGGACCUGGAGGCGGGCACCACCACCUACCGCCGCCUGCCGGGCGCCCGCCCCGGCGACUUCCCCGUCAUCCCCGCCCAGCUCACAGGCCGGCCCGCGCGGUACACGUAUGUGGCGACCAUGGAGGCCAACGACACGGGGGUGCCCGCCUUCAUCGGCAUCACCAAGUAUGAUCUGCAGGCGGGGGCCGGCAGCGCCGUGGCGGGCCAGAUCUUGCACGGCGGCUCGCGCCUGGGCGGGGAGGCCUUUUUCGUGCCCAGGCCGGGGUCUGCCGCGGAGGAUGGCGGCUACCUGGUCACUAUUGUGACGGACGAGCAGAGCCUGCAGAGCGAGCUGGUGGUGUACGAUGCGGCCAGCAUGUCCAGCCAGCCGGUGGCGCGCGUGCGCAUGCCGCAGCGCGUGCCCAGCGGCUUCCACUGCACGUGGGUGCGCCAGGACCAGCUUGCGGCGCAGCUGCCAUGA